AUGGAGUCCAGGUAUACUUCACGGCCGACAACUUUCGAUCACACAAGCCGCGAAUGGCCCAACAAGAGACUGUUGAAAGCUCCGGUUAUCUUCAGUACAGAUCUUCGAGAUGGAAAUCAGGCCCUCCCAGACCCGAUGACCUUCGAGCAAAAGUUGGAAAUGUAUCAUCUGCUCGUGGACAUUGGAUUCAAGGAGAUUGAAGUCGGAUUCCCUCUUGCAAGCCAACUUGAAUUCGAUUUUGUACGACAUCUCGCGACAACACCUGGGCUGGUUCCAGAUGAUGUCCAGAUCCAAGUCAUUACUCUAUGUCGCGAAGAUGCGAUCAAACGAGCUGCGGAUGCUCUUCGAGGCAUCAAGCGCGUCAUUCUGCAGACAUAUCUCCCCAGCAGUGACAACUACAGAAACACGAUUCUCCAGAUCUCGGAAGAGGAAUGGAUUGAACAAGCCCGAAAGAUGACGGCGUAUGCUCGAUCAAUCACUAAGGACAGCGCACAAUCCGAGGGGACGGAGUGGACGUAUAAUUUUGCCUUUGAAGAUUUCUCCAAUGCCCGAGUCGACGCUGUUCUCCGAUGUGCAGAAGCGAUUACGGAUGCAUGGGAGCCUUCUGCGAACAGAGAUCUGAUGUUGACUCUCGCGGCGAGUAUGGAGACAAUUGGACCCCACGUGUUUGCCGAUCAAGUGGAAUAUGUGCACCAAAAUCUCUCGAGAAGAGAUCAGAUCCGGCUCAGCGUACACACGCAUAAUGAUCGAGGUUGUGCCAUUGCGUCUGCGGAGCUGGGAGCCCUGGCUGGUGCUGAUCGUGUCGAAGGAUGCCUUUUUGGGAAUGGAGAACGUGCUGGGAACAUGGAUACCGUCACAUUCGCUUUGAAUAUGCGUACGCAAGGCCUGGAAACGGGACUUGAUAUGUCGCGCAUGGAUCACAUCAGACGGACCGUCGAGCGGAUCACUCAAAUUCCGGUACAUCCACGCGCGCCAUAUGCGGGCAAGUAUUGUCUCCGUGCAUUCAGUGGUGGACAUCAAGAUGCGAUCCUAAAAGGGGUUCGACUUCGUGCAGAAGCUCAAGCGGCCGGCAUAGAAACCCCCUAUUUUCCUACGUGGCAGGUGCCAUAUUUGCCUUUUGAUCCCUCAGACACCGGAUGCACGCUGAGCGACAUUAUUGGAGUGAACAGUCAGAGUGGGAAAUCUGCCAUCAGUUGGAUCCUUCUCGAGAAAAUGGGCGUUGUCUUGGCGAAACAACAGGCGCAAGAGAUGGCCGCAGUCGCGAAACAGUCAUCGAGUACCGUGGGACGAAUGCUUUCAACAAACGAGAUUUGUGACAUGUACUUGCAGCGCGUCGCUACUUGA